AAUUAGUAAUAAGUGCGAAAAUCGAUUGCAAUUUAUCGUAAUUAUUGGACAUUAUAUAGUCUGUUACUAUAGACAAGCCAUAUUGUGAAAAUACAAGACAGAAAAAUAAUCGCGUAAAUAAUAUAUUAGCCGGAGAUGUAGAAAAAUUAUUUUUCGAAUUCUACACUGCAGUCGAUAUCUAACCGGGAAGAUGGAUGUUUUCGACAAACAAUAUCGUAUCUAUCGUAUCGUAUCGAAAAUUGUAGGACUAUGGCCUUACGACAACUCAAUCUAUGUAUGGAUUCAGAGAAUAUGUUUAUUAUUGUAUUUUCUUAGCGGUGUAAUAUUUCAGAUUAUCGUGCUUCUAAAAUCUGAAAUUACAUUACGAAAUUAUAUUCUUACGGUGUCUGAGACUUUUCCUCUACUGCUAUUUUUUUUACGAUAUAUUUACUAUAUUACAAUGUUUCCAUGCGUAAGUGAAAUUCAAAAAAUAAAAUUAUUUCAAUUACCGAACCUUUAUACAUAUGUAUGUUUUUUUGUACAGGUUGAAUUUUUGUUCAAUCACAUACGUACAGAAGAACAUUCGUUACAAGAUAAGACAGAAAUACAAAUACAAACGAAAUAUCUUGAUAUUUCUAGUCAUAUCAUCUACUUUUUUGGCUGCGUGACUUUCGCUUUUAUUGCAGCGAGCAUCAUAUUCCUAGUGAAUCCGAUAAUAUUGGAUUUCAUAAUGCCUUUAAACGAAUCUCGCGUUCAUUUCAAUGUCUCGUUUCUUUUCGACGAUCAAAACAUAUAUAUUAAAAUUUUUUUAAUCUUAAACUGCAUGUUAAAUGUAUCAUUGGGAUUAUUAUGUAUAAUGGGUACAGAAUUGUUCACUAAUAUUUUUAGUUAUUAUAUAUGUAGACAAUUUCAUAUCGCCAGGUAAGUUACUUCAUUAUGU